AUGAACCGGUUCAAGUCCCAUACUAAAUAUAGUCUACGCUAUAAAAGGCCAUACCAUAUCCUGAUCGUCGCCUUCCUCGUAGUAGCUACAGUCAUCCAUCCUGCAGGUCACGCAGGGUCUUGGCACAUCACAGCCGAGGGGCCAGCAUUACAACCAGCCAGAUGUAACACACGCGAAUUGGCGAAUUUUAAACGCGAUAACCGGGUUUCACAGAUGUUUGCGAACUGCGUAGUUAGUCACGGGGUGGCGCGCGCAGAACAUCGAUCUGUCCCUUUGCGCAUGCCACCCCUUAAUCCCGAUUGUGUAAAGGAGUAG